ACGCAGACGACGCUAGCCAGCCACACCACCAGCAGCUACCACCCCCAUAACGACUUCUACAUUUCCGUGCACACACGGGAAUCAGGCCUUAAAACUAACCACUAUUGAACUACAGCAGAGCCCCGCGUAGAGGACAUAGCCAUGGGGGAGUACUACCAGAUAUUAGGAGUCCAGAAGAAUGCCACACCAGACGACAUCAAGAAAGCUUACAGGAAACUUGCAUUGAAAUGGCACCCAGACAAAAACCCAGACAACAAGGAGGAAGCUGAGAGGAAGUUCAAAGAGCUGUCAGAGGCAUAUGAGGUGCUUUCAGAUGAAAACAAGAGGAAUAUUUACGACCGGUACGGCAAAGAGGGCCUUUCAGGAGGAGGAGGUGGAGGAGGCCAUUAUGAUCACUUUGGCGGCAGCAGCUUCACAUUCCGUAACCCCGAAGAUGUGUUCAGGGAAUUCUUUGGUGGCAGAGAUCCAUUUGCAGAUUUCUUUGGGGAUGACGAUGACUUCUUCAGCGGCUUUCACAGUCGACACAGAGGGGGCAACCGACACCCCAUGGGCGGCUCUGUCUUUGGGUUUGGGGGGUUCCCAGCUUUCGGACAUCAUGGCUUCUCAACAUUUGAUUCAGAUUUUGGUUCUUUCGGCAAUAUGGGCGGCGGCUUUACAUCAUUUUCCUCUUCAUCGUUCGGUGGUGGUGGUGGUGGUGGUGGUGGUGGAGGAGGAGGAGGGGGGAUGGGAAACUUCAGGUCCGUGUCAACUUCUACUAAGUUCAUCAACGGCAGAAAAAUCACAACAAAACGGAUUGUGGAAAACGGCCAGGAGCGAGUCGAAGUGGAGGAGGAUGGGCAGUUAAAAUCUUUAACAGUUAAUGAGAUUGGAACGGAAGACCCCCCUGAGGACGAGUUUCGGCGGCGAAGACAGAACACCCUCCCUAGCACCAGUUCGCAUCAUCAGAGGUACCUGCGAAGCUCCGCCCACAGCCCGUCAGAGGAGGAGGAGGAGCACGGCACGACCAGAGGUCACGACACAAAGAGGAAGAAGAUGUGGCUAAAAGAGUCUGACCCCAGAAAGAAACGAUCUCCUUGGCUUUUCCAUAGAUUUGGCGGAUUUGGGUCAUUUUUUUAGACUACACCCAAAAACUGUGUACUUCCAACACGCCCUUACAUCCCACGGCUCUCCUUAUCUCCUGUUACAUAACUCACUCAUAGUAUUACAUUUCAUCCUAUAGGGGGCUGUCAUUUAAGUGCAAUUAAUGCCAAGUUUGGAGUUUGUAUUUGUUUGAAUGUGGUAGAUUUACAUAGCAGAGUUGCUAUGAAUGCACGGCUGUGGGUGAAAAAAACAGUCAAGGUCGAACUUAAGAAGUGGAUAUUUUUGUUCAAUGCUGAGAAAAUAUAUAAAAGUGUAAAGUCAAGCGAAGUGAUGUAUGAAAAGGUUACUGCUGUGAGCCUAUAUGUGCUGGCAACAUUCAAUACUAUACGUGCAAUCAUAUUCUAUAGUAAGAGUCAAGGAUAUAUAUAUAUUGCAAUAGGAUACAAGUGAAAAGAGUAACUCGUGUUCCAAGUGCCUGUUUUGUAUAUGGACGUGUGGACAUCUGAGCAAUGUUCAUUUUUUAUGGACUGUUGAAUAAAGGCACAAAAUCUUC